AUGAAUGAAGAAGGCGGUUACCUGGGCGCCAUGACAUAUCAAUGUCUGUACAGUGGAGUAUUGGACAAGCUUCGACUGCUGAAUAAAGACGAUGACCGAACUCUUGCUCGUCUUCGAUCCGCAAUGAAAGCUUCCGACAGCGCUUCACCGUCGUUUCUUUUCGACUUCACAAAGGUUCUUUUGGAGGAGUCUGAACUGAAUAUUAAUCUUCAGGAAGCAUAUCUCAGGAUGCAUGGUACCUCCUCGACCGAUGACCUAGUGGUGCAUGGGCAGGAACAUGUUCCGGAAUACAAGGAAUUGACGAAACGUGCAGUUGAGUUACGACGAAUAUUGUCUCGGGUCCCCGAUGAGAUGGCUGACCGUCAUCAGUUCUUGGAAACUAUUAAAUUGAUUGCAUCCUCUAUUAAAAAACUACUUGAGGCAAUUAAUGCGGUACACCAGAUAGUUCCGCAAUCUGCGCAGCAAGCAGUCGAGAAGAGGAAGCGUGAAUUCGUCCAUUAUUCGAAGAGGUUUAGUAAUACGCUCAAAACAUAUUUCAAAGAUCAAAAUGCCAUACAGGUUUCGGUUUCCGCUAAUCAGUUGGUGUUCCAGACGUCGCUAAUAAUCAAGACAGUGAAUGAAAAGUUAAGGAAAUGA